AUGGUAGAAGUGGAUCGCCCGGGGAAGCUCUUCAUUGGGGGUCUCAACCUCGAAACCGACGAGAAAAUUCUCGAGGCCACGUUUGGCAAGUAUGGCUGCAUCACCGAGGUGCUCCUGGUGAAAGAUCGAGAAACCAGCAAGUCCAGGGGCUUUGCGUUCGUCACCUUCGAAAGCCCGGCAGACGCCAAGGCCGCCGCCAGAGACAUGAACGGCAAGUCCCUGGAUGGUAAGGCCAUCAAGGUGGCCCAGGCCACCAAGCCGGCGUUCGAGAGCGGCCGGCGGGGCCCGCCGCCGUCCCGUAGCCGCCCGAGGGGCCUGCUCGGGGACCACGGCAGCGGCCCUCGGCGCCCCCAGUCCCGGGGCGGGCCGGCGGACGACAGCGGCUACGCGGGCGACUUCGACGUGCGGUCCUCCCGGGUCCCGCUGCCUGUGAAGCGCGGGCCGCCGCCGCCGCGCAGGUCCGGCCCGCCCCCGAAGAGGGCCGCGCCGUCGGGCCCGGCUCGCAGCGGAGGCAGUGGAAUAAGCGGGCGGCCCCCGGCCGCGCGCGGGCGAGACGGCUAUGCCGGCCCGCCGCGCCGGGACCCCCCGCCCCCGCGCCGGGACCCCUACCUGGGCCCCCGGGAGGAGGGCUACUCGCCCCGAGACGGCCGCGACUACUCGAGCGCCCGCGACCCCCGGUAUUUUGCCCCCUCGCCCAGAGAGUACACCUACCGCGACUACGGCCACUCCAGUGCCCGGGACUACUGUCCAUCGAGAGGCUAUGGCGACCGAGACGGCUACGGGGGGCGCGACCGCGACUACGUGGAUAACCGAGACCCCUUCGAGAGCUACGGGGACCCGCGCAGCGCCGGCCCUGCACGUGAGCCCCCGCCAUCUUACGGCAGCGGCCGCUACAUCGAGUACCGCGGCUGCUCUCCCGACGCUUACGGCGGCGGCCGGAGCGAGCGCUAUUGGAGGGGCCGCGACCGGGCAGGCAGAGCUGAUCGUCGGCUGCCGCCGUUCGUGGAGAGGGGGUGCCCGCCCCCGCGCGAGUCCUAUGGCGGGUCCAGCCGCAGGGCCCCCCUAGGCGGAGGCCGCCUGGGAAGCUUCUCGCAGAGAGGGGGAGACCGAAGCAGAUACUAA